GUGGAAUCGCCCAUUAUCCUUGCCCAUAACCUGAUACAAACCACACGCAGAAAACCUAUAAAUUGCACACUUUUUCCCUCCAUUUCCCUCCAAUUCGCUUAUAAAAGCAGCCACCCGGUGCAAUUCAUUCCAAAAAUUCAGUCUAUCUCUCAAGAAACCACCGCAGCGCAUCUCUCUCUGCUCUCUGCUCUCAAGAAACUACCGCAGCGCAUCUCUCUCUGCUCUCUGCUCUCAAAACCACCGCAGCGCAGAGAUGGCGGCGUUCAGUGCCUUCAUGUCCGGUGGCGCCUGCAAAUUUCAAUCGCUGACGGAUCUCCGCGCCGUUCAAGGAUCCCAGCAGGUUCUUGCUAAAUCGCAAGAAAAUCUCAACCGAAACAUUUCUAAUCUCAAGCUAUGGACUGAUGCAUACGUGCAUACGCCUGAGGAUGUCAAACUGGCGAUCGAACUCCGCGACGACAACCAAUGGACCGCUUCUUUCACUACUGCCAAAAGCAAUCCAAACGCCGGAAUGAUGAAACAGAUUUCAGACAAGGCCCGUCCCCCUCUCCGUCUGCAAUUCAAACGAAUCACCGAGAUCGUAGAGGUCAAGAAGAAGCCAACCGCCAUUGGACAGCACCAGGAGGAGGGCGAACAGGGAGGAUACGACAAGGCCGAGGCUCUAAACGACGCACCAAAAGGCAAAAAGGGCAAAAAGGGCAAAGGGCAAAGGGGAAAGGGCAGCAAGGUCAAAGGAAAAUAGACACGAGAGGAGCGAAACCACUCAGCAAUAAGGGCAAAAAGGGAAAAGUAGUUGGGGAAGGCAUUGGGGAAUUUGCCGAAUUAGGAUCAAACUGUAAUUGGGGAUCAAACUGUAAUUUUCAUUCUUUUCGAGGGGUUAGUUUUGUAGUGUUGUCAGUCUUAAGGGUGCAACGAGCUAGAUUUCACUAACAAUGGUGACAUUUGAGAAAUGAAAAAGUAUA